UGCGGCAGGAGCUGUCCGUAAGACCCAGUGCUGAAGUAGGCGCGGACGUGCCUGGGUGCCCGCCGCGUGGUACCCGGCGCCCGGUGCCCGGGCCAGCGAAGACCAUGGCGUUCAUGGUGAAGACCAUGGUAGGCGGCCAGCUGAAGAACCUCACUGGGAGCCUGGGGGGCGGCGAGGACAAGGGGGACGGGGACAAGUCGGCCGCCGAAGCGCAGGGCAUGAGCCGAGAGGAGUACGAGGAGUACCAGAAGCAACUGGUGGAAGAGAAGAUGGAGCGGGACGCGCAGUUCACUCAGAAGAAGGCAGAGCGGGCCACGCUGCGGAGUCACUUCCGAGACAAAUACCGGCUGCCCAAGAACGAGACAGAUGAGAGCCAGAUCCAGAUGGCAGGUGGAGACGUGGAGCUGCCCCGGGAGCUGGCCAAGAUGAUUGAGGAGGACACAGAGGAGGAGGAGGAAAGGGCCUCGGUCCUUGGGCAGCUGGCCAGUCUCCCUGGCUUGGACCUUGGCUCACUUAAGGACAAGGCCCAGACCACAUUGGGGGACCUCAAGCAAUCAGCUGAGAAGUGCCACAUCAUGUGACUACUUCCUCUGGGGUUGCCCACUGGGAUGACCAGAGGGCCGGCCCCACAUAAGUGCUAACAGCAUGCCUCAAAUUCCAGGGACCCGCAUCUCAUCUUGGCUUUGUUUCCCUGCCCCAGGCCAGCCCCAGGACCCUUCUCAUCCAUGGCUCCAAUCUGCCUUCUGCUUUUUCCCUCUCCACUGGGAGCAAAGUCCCCAUUCCUCACCCUACCCCUCAGGACCCACCCUCCCUACUCAGCCUGGGAAGGCCUCCCAAGAUUGUAAGAAUAGGCCUGACCCUCUCUGGCCAUGGCCCCAAGUUCUUGAACAUAGAAGCACACACAGAGGGACACAGAGACCCUGGCAUGUGAAGAGGGAUAUGCCACAGAUGCAUCCUGGCACACGCAAACACAAACACAGACCAGCUCCCCUGGGUGCCUAGCUCCUCUAGACACUGACAUUCAGAUGCACUUAGAGAGGGACUUGAGGCAGACACCCUCAGCAGUCAGGAGGCCUGAGUUCAAGUCUCCACAUUUAUUCUCCUUAAAACCCAGUGCCCUUUCUGGGCCUUAUUUCAUCAUCUAUAAAAUGGGAAUGGACUGGAUAAUUUCUAAGAUUUUCUAGCUUGGCCUCCCUGGCCCCUGAGAGUCAACCCCACACCCCUCGUUAGGUAGGGCAGCAGCUGCAGCCAUAGUCUCAAGCGGCUGCCACUGUGGGCUCUGGCUCUUGGAAGCUGAGUGAUGUUGUGUGAGGGGCCUAGUGCCAAGGAUGAAGCUGGCACUGAACAGCAGCCCAGGUGGCUCCGGGCCUUCUCUGGGCCCGGGGCCCAGCCAAUUUCUGUUCUGUUCCUGUAGAACUCUCUCUGGAUUCCAUAGCUGGAUUUCCUCUCUCAGCUCAGUGAAAAAUAAAAAUUCCAGAUGACCUGCCUAUUCUCCCA